AUGCUCGUUCAUCGAGGAAUCCCCUUCAAAUAUCAUUUCACGGACAUCUCAAGCUCCUUUGUGAUGGUGGCCCGACGAAAGUAUGCCGCACAUGCGGGCUCUAUGGAGUUUUUAGUUUUGGAUAUCGAGCAAGAGCCAGCAGCCGAAUUUGUCAGCCGUUUUGAUAUAGUCUUGUCUACCAACUGCAUUCAUGGAACGCGCAAUCUGGUGGCUUCGCUCAGACACGCACACCAGAUGCUUCGACACAAUGGUUUGAUCUGUCUGAUUGAAAUCACGAAACGUCUGUUCUGGCUAGACCUGGUCUUUGGGCUGUUGCAGGGCUGGUGGCUAUUCGAAGACGGCAGAAGCCAUCCUUUGGCAUCAUAUGCAUUAUGGGAGAAGAGCAUGCUGUCCGCAGGCUUCGAGCAAGUACUAACGAUCAAUGGUCCAAGUUUACAAUCUCAGACUGUCGGGUUGAUUUGCGGGUUCACUUCCAAAUUUGACUCUGUCAAGAGUCAUCCAAGGGCACGAGAGAUUGAUUACGAGACGGUCGUUUUCAAGACCGGCAAGCCUCAUCUCUAUGCUGAUAUUCACUAUCCUUCCGAAGGUCAAAGAGGCCCAGAAUACAAGUAUCCAAUCGCUCUUCUCAUUCAUGGUGGCGGACAUGUGAUGCUAUCCAGAAAGCACAGUCGGAUGGAUCAAGUCCACCGUCUUCUUGGCCAUGACAUUAUCCCCAAACUGGCUACCACAGCUUCGACUGAAGCACUAAGGCAUCACUUUGAAUGGAGAUCGUCUGCCGACUGCUGCCCAGAGACGCGGCCACCGGAGGCGAUCACCACGUUCUAUUGUCCGACGGACUAUGAGGACGAAUUUUGGAAGACGCCUCAAGAUUCUCAAUCCCGACUACAAAUAGACGGCGUUGACAGUUUAAUUCUUGAGGGCCUAGAGAACGAGCCCGUCACCGGGUUUGACCCCAAUCAAGCAGAGGGCGUCCAGGCACGGAUGGCGUCCACUGACAGACGGUCACGGAUUUUUGCGCACAUGGUCCAACAGGGACAGUCACUACAGGUUCUGGCGAACGGACUGCCCCCACCAAACGCUGUGCCUCCGAGCCAAAUGAAAUCAAUUCUCUCUCAGCAGGAUCCCCCGCUAGACCGUGUUCGUCAAUACAGCCCAUACGCAUGUGCAGCAGACAACAUGUAUCGCUCUUCUACUUACAUGUUGCACGGGAAGAAAGACGAGCUGGUCCCUUGGCAACAGGCAUUGAAGAUGCUGAGUAUGUUGCAAAAACACGGCAUUCCAUGUGAUCUUGCCUUGUUGGAGGAUGCGAUGCAUCUCUUUGAUACCAACGCGGGUCGAUCUGGAGGCUGGGACCGGAGCAUUGCUAGAGCGUAUGAGUUUUUUGCAUCUUAUCUGCAUGCUGCAGAUUCAGAUGAAGGGACAAUCUCUUCAGGUCUUUCUGGGAAAUAG